AUGUCGUACGAAACUGACAAUUAUGACCAGCGCGACCGCUCCCCUCGUCGCCGUUCUCGCUCCCCGCGACGCUCCCGGCGCUCCUACUCACCUCGCAGCCGCUCUCGCAGCCGAGAGGACUACCGUCGCACUGAACGCCGCUCGCGCUCCCCCAACGGUGGUGCUCAAGGUGCGGGAAGUUACCAGUCGUACGGUGCCAGCAGAGGUGGCUCAUCGCGACCCACUGAGAACAAGGGCGAGAUGAUGCAGAACAUUAGGGACUCUUCGCAACAAGACCGUCGCGUCUACGUCGGCAAUCUCUCUUACGAUGUCAAGUGGCAUCACCUGAAGGACUUCAUGCGCCAAGCUGGAGAGGUCCUCUUUGCAGAUGUCUUGCUACUACCGAACGGAAUGUCAAAGGGCUGUGGCAUCGUGGAAUAUGCAACUCGGGAGCAGGCGCAGAACGCUGUUGCAACGCUCAGCAACCAGAACCUCAUGGGACGCCUCGUAUACGUUCGCGAAGACCGAGAGGCCGAGCCUCGAUUCAGUGCCCCCGGCGGUCGUGGUGACUUUGGCGGCGGAAUGGGUCGUGGCGGCGGCUACGGUGGCUUCAGCGGUAAUAAUGCUGCUGCUGGAGGUCCAACCGGAGCACGACAGGUCUACGUCUCCAACCUUCCCUACAACGUUGGCUGGCAGGACUUGAAGGACCUCUUCCGCCAGGCUGCCAACAAUGGCCAAGUCCUUCGCGCUGACGUUCACAUUGCACCUGAUGGUCGCCCAAAGGGUUCCGGUGUGGUUGCAUUUGAGACACCUGAGGAUGCCCGGAAUGCCAUUACUCAGUUCAACGGCUAUGAUUGGCAGGGCAGAAACCUCGAGGUCCGCGAGGACCGCUUUGCCGGCGCUCCUGGUGGAUUCGGCGGUCGCGGAGGCUUCGGAGGCCGCGGAGGCUUUGGCGGCGGUUUCCAGGGCCGUGGUGGCUUUGGAGGUCGUGGUGGCUAUGGAGGCUUCGGAGGUCGCGGUGGCUUCAAUGGCGGAUAUGGUGGUGGUGCCGGCGGCCCUGGUUUCGACCCCAACGCUGCUCCUCCUGCCCCGAACCCAUUCACAGACUUUGCCACUGCAGGCGGAGAACCCAGCAACAUUAUCUACGUUCGCAACCUGCCAUGGUCGACUAGCAACGAGGAUCUUGUCGAGCUCUUCACCACGAUUGGAAAGGUCGAGCGUGCCGAGAUUCAAUACGAGCCCAACGGUCGCUCUCGCGGAACCGGUGUAGUUGAAUUCGAGAAGGCUGCUGACGCAGAGACGUCUAUCGCCAAAUUCACUGGUUACCAGUAUGGCGGCAGGCCUCUCGGCCUUGCCUACGUCAAAUACACCAACGUGGGCAACAGCGAUGUCAUGGAAGGUACCGAACACACUGGCGGUUUGACCCAAGACCAGAUUAUGUAA